CGGGGUGACCGCCCGCGCAGGCGCAGAGGAGCGCUGGAAGCCGCGGCGGCGGCAGUGAGAGGGAGGAUGUCGCGCAAGCAGGCGGCCAAGGCUCGGCCCGGCAAGGCGGAGACGGAGCGGAAGCGGGACGAGCGGGCGGCGCGGAGGGUGCUGGCCCGCGAGAGACGUAACCGGCCCCAGGCUGAGGGCGAAGGCGGCGGCGGCGGCGGCCUAGCCGGGCAGCUCCAAGCGCUCGGGCUGCGGCUCAGGGAGGUGCCCGGCGACGGGAACUGCUUGUUCCGAGCUCUCGGUGAUCAGCUCGAAGGGCACUCCCGGAAUCACCUCAAACACCGCCAGGAAACCGUGGACUACAUGGUCAAGCGGCGGGAGGACUUUGAACCUUUUGUGGAAGAUGAUGUCCCCUUUGAGAAGCACGUUGCCAAUUUGGCACAGCCUGGCACUUUUGCUGGCAACGACGCCAUCGUCGCCUUUGCAAGGAACAAUCAGGUGAACGUUGUCAUCCACCAGCUCAACGCUCCUCUAUGGCAGAUCCGUGGCACAGACUCAAGCAGCGCCCGGGAGCUGCACAUUGCCUAUCGAUACGGAGAGCACUACGACAGCGUCCGGAAGAUCAACGACAACUCGGAGGCUCCAGCACGGCUACAGACAGAGAUGCUGUGCAGAAAUGAGUCCAAUAAAAAAGAGAAGAUCCUUCUGAAGAAGGAGGAGGAAUCCGAAGAGGAGAUCCGGGAUGAAAUAGAAGACGCGGUACAAAAAGUUCAGAACGCCACCGGCUGCCUGGAUGUGGACUUCAUUGUCCAGGUCCUUGAGUCGGAGGACUGCAACCUUGAGUCGACGAUCUUUGCUGUCCUCCAAAUGAACGAGGCGAAAAGGAUCCAUGCUGUCGAAGCGCACGAGGCCCAGGCCAACCGGCAGAAGCCGCUUCCCAAGCCGGCCCUGUGGGAGGAGAACGGCAGUGGCGCCCGGCUCUUUGGCACCCGGGAAAUCGAGAACAACAAGAGAGGGCUGGUGGAAGGAAACCAGACUAGUAAAAAACAGGCCCCAAAGGUGUCCAACAAGCAGAAGAAAGAGCAGCAGCGGUUAAGUAAGAAGCGUCGUCAGGAGGACAGGCACCGGCAGAAAGUCCUGGCCGGGAAGAGUCACAACGUGGACAAUAACAAGAGCGAGACGGACCCCAAGGCGCCGGUCACCCUGGUGAAGACUUUUGCCGCGCUCAACAUCUGAUUUGAGCUUGUGGGGCAGAGGACCGUGGCUGAGCCCGAAUCGGACGAGGCCAAAUCGCCCUCUUCGGAGGAAACGCCGCCUUCCCGUCCGGAUCUGCAAGCCGGGCUGUUCGCUAGGCCUUUGAAUUCACACACAACAGAUCUCUGGUCGUUCUCCAGAACGCCGGCCCGUGAGGAGUGCGCAGCGGUGACGCUGGAGAGGAAGAGGCUCCCAUUCCGGAGCCGAUCGCUGUGGAACUGGCUUCCGAAUCGGCCUCUGAUUCUUUUUGUUUCGUUUUAAACUUCAAACGCUGCUCCACAAAAAUAGUAGUGUUUCCUUACUCAGGAAUGCAUUCUCUCUCUCUCUCCUCUCCUCUCUCUCUCCUCUCCUCUCUCCCCUCUCUCUCCUCUCCUCUCUCUCCUCUCCACUCCUCUCUCCUCUCCUCUCUCUCCCCUCUCUCUCCUCUCUCCCCUCCCCUCUCCUCUCUCUCCUCUCCUCUCCUCUCUCUCCUCUCCACUCCUCUCUCCUCUCCUCUCUCCCCUCCCCUCUCCUCUCUCUCCCCUCUCUCUCCUCUCCUCUCUCUCCUCUCCACUCCUCUCUCCUCUCCUCUCUUCUCUCCCCUCUCCUCUUCCCUCUCUCCCCUCUCUCUCCUCUCUCCCCUCCCCUCUCCUCUCUCCCCCCUCUCCCUCCUCUCCUCUCUCUCCUCUCCACUCCUCUCCCCUCUCUCUCCUCUCCUCUCUCUCCUCUCCUCUCUCCCCUCCCCUCUCCUCUCCUCUCUCCCCUCCCCUCUCCUCUCUCUCCCCUCUCUCUCCUCUCCUCUCUUCUCUCCCCUCUCCUCUCUCUCCCCUCUCUCUCCUCUCCUCUCUCCCCUCCCCUCUCCUCUCUCCCCCUCUCUCUCCUCUCCUCUCUCUCCUCUCCUCUCUUCUCUCCCCUCUCCUCUUCCCUCUCUCCCCUCUCUCUCCUCUCCUCUCUCUCCUCUCCACUCCUCUCUCCUCUCCUCUCUUCUCUCCCCUCUCCUCUUCCCUCUCUCUUCUCUCUCUCCACCCCACCCCCGGCACAGUCAAUAUAAAACUGCUUCCGAGUUGUAUUCCAAAGUGAAGCUGUCUGCCAAAAGUUGUUCCGAGUCUUUCAGGAUGCCGCUCUCCUUUUUUUUCUUGGCAGCAUGGUUUUUGACUUCUCCGCAGAUUUAGCCCUUGCAUUUCGGCCUGACGGAAGUGCGGCUGGCUUGUGGGCGGGGCGGGCGAGGGGCACUUGCUAUACACACAUGAGGAAAGCUUUCCAGCAUUCCCAGGCCGUGCCUUGAGGGGCCGAAUUCUGCUCCCCCAGAGAGAACAGGGGAGGAAGCCGUCUCUCUCCCUUUGUCUCGGCUCCCUCGCCCUAGCAAACUGGCUUGUCCCCCAUCCUCCUAGAAUAGGGGGCCGGCUGUCCCCAACAGAUGGCCCUCAGCCGGACAUGAUUUGGGGUCUUGGCGCUGGACAGGCCGGCAGCUGGCCGCCCUUACCGCCGUGUGCAGGAGGGAGAGAUCUUGGUGAGAUCCUGCUUCACUUGAGCAGCAGGGCCAGAGGGCAGAGGCGGCCGAGAGCAGCAGGCCUGAAAUGACCGAGGAGGGCGCCCUAAGACAGCCUCUGAAGUGUGUUCUGAAGGCGCGCCCGGGCAGGAGAAGUCAAGGACAGGCGCCCUCUUGCCACCACCUUCUCCACCAGGAAGUUGGAAUCGGACACUCGCAGGUCUGGCCGCAGCGUUGCUUGUUCUGAAUUUCGGAAGUUCCUUUUUCUUUCUGAAAUGGUCCGAAGGCAUUAGGAGGUCCAGGUCUUCUUACUGUUGGAAGUUAGGGGUCUUCAAACUGGGUCCCCCCGCGAUGGUGCUGGACUACAACUCCCAUCCCCCCCCGCCACAAAGGCCAUGGUGGCUGGCGACAAUGGGAGUUGCAGUUGAACAACAUCGGGGGCACCCCCCAAUGGGGACUUCCUGGUCGAAGUUACAUGUGUACAUUCAAAUGAUGAUGGCAAAGAUCUUCCUAGUUCUGUGGCUUCCUUGUUUCUCUCUGUUCCUCCAGAGAGAAAUGCCGUUAUCCAGCCGUGCUUGAUAGAAACUUGGGGAGUGGUCGAAGAUAAGGUUUAUUAAAAUAUAUUAUAUAUUUAAAAAAAAACCCAAACUGUGUGCUUUGGAGAUGCCAUCUCAAAGUAGGCUUCGUUUGCCUUUAUUUACUAGUGGGUUAGAAAGGAGAAUUUGGGUUAGGGUGUAACAUCUCCCACCCCUGGGAGAACUGUGCUGCACAUCUCAAUAUGGUUGGGAAUGGGAAUUGGUUCUACUAAUCUCCUAGCCUAGAGUUGGGCAACUUUGGCCCUCCUGCUGUUGUUGAACUACAACUCCCAUCAUCCCCAGCCACCAUCCAUUGUGGCUGGGGAUGAUGGGAGUUGUAGUUGGACAGCCGCUGCAGGUUGCUGUAAUGUUUUAAACUUUUUGUUUUAACUAAUGUUUUACUUUUCUGUUUUUAUUUUGUUGUAAACCGCCCAGAGACGUAAGUUAUUCAUCUCGGAGAAAACCUCUGUCGGGGCCACAAUAGGUGAAAGUAUGUUUCCUUUGACUCACAACCAUUCCAGCAGAGAGGGGAGAUACUCUUGUUGAAAUAAGCGAAUCUAGAAGGGGUCAUAUGCCACCUAUGGAAACGUUUUUAAAAAGUUUGAAAAAGUUUGAAAAACUCCUUAAUUUGGGUUGGUGGCUGGUGAUGAUGGGAAUUGUCGUUCAGUAAUGUCUGGGGUACCACUGGUUGGGAAGCCCCGAUCUUUGAUCUGCACCAGGAUUUGGGAGUAUCAGAGGAACUGCCUAGGACCUCGGUCAACCUAGGAAUGAACUUGUAGGUGUGUGAGCUGAUGUUGAGCUACGGUAUUGGCAGGCUUCUUUGGGCCACGACAAACAAAGAUGAUGGAUUGUCUGCCCAUGUUUUUUGGCAGUGAUGGCCAUGUGUGGUUUUUAUUUCUUCUGGAGCGUCAUGUUGCAGAAGGAAUAAAGGGUGCAUCCUGCUUCUCUUCUAGUCAACUCCCUUCUGACUAAACAAAUAUUUGACCUCAA